CGUGGUAGGCUCGUGGUCAGCUGUACUGAUUAGAUGUGGAUUUGACACGGAGGACUCACUGCGGAGAGGACAGCGGCUUCGCUACUGGACAACUAAUAUCAUUUUCCCAUUUGACAGAAACUGUAAAACACAGUUGCCGAGUAGGUUUAUUUUAACUCAGACAUACUAAAGAGGCUGCUGGGAUGGAUCCAAACAAGCCUUCGGGACUCUCUGGUCCAACGGGCAUGGCUUGGCUGCAGCAGCUGGGACGGGGGAGAGGACUCCAGGCUCCAGAGCUGGCUAGAGGACGUAGCAGAGGGCUGCAGCUCCCCACAGAAGGGCCUGGUGUUGGACGAGCCAGAGGUUUCACUGUCCCUGGUGAUACAGCAGUAGCGCAAAUUGGGCGAGGAACAGCUCUCCCCACGAGUGGACCCACGACUGGAUUUGCCAGAGGGCUACCUUUGCCACUUGAUGAUGGAGGACUGGGCCGAGCCAGAGGAGUUCUGCCUCGUUUGGAACUGCAGCAUGGACGUGCACAACCGUGCGAAACUGUGACACAAGUCCCGACUGAAGAGACGCCGCCAUUGAAGUCAAAAAAGGAAGUUGCAACUGAACAUGUUGGCAUGCCUACCCAUGGUCAAGGCUCAACUCUGGUGUCAAUGUUUAGAGGUAUGGGCAUCGAGCCCUUCAAAACCUCAGGGGGACAAGGAGCACCACCAGUGGGCAGGGGAGCUGCUGGAGACUUUGGAGGAGAGUUGAAGCAGCAGUUUGCCCCAGUCGGUAUUGUCAGUGGCCCAGGGGGUGUGAGCCAGCCUGAGGAGGUGAUGGGCAGAGGCAGCAGCUUCCCUGGUCGUGGCUUGACUCCUCAUACGAUGGUGGGGAUUGGAAGAGCAGUGAUGCCUCUGCUGAGAGCUGGAAGAGGCCCGCCUUUAUCUCCCGCUUUACCUCCAGGUCCGCUUCAGUCUUUGACUCCAGCCUCCGACCCACCAGCACCUCUCCAGCCUCAGAGCUCCUGCAUAGGACCCAUGUCCCCGUCACCCUUGACUAAAGAGGUCGCUGAGGUUUCGCAUGGUGCACCGUCGAUGGCAGAGUUGAAAAUGGAGGCAGCCCCUGAACCACUUAACAAGGCUGGUACAAAAGGAACUCCUGUAACUAUUGGCUCAAACUCAGUUACCAUUCACUGCAAGAAUGAAGCUGUUUAUCAGUACCAUGUUACAUUCUCCCCAAAUGUUGAGUCAUCCGCAAUGCGUUUUGGAAUGAUGAAAGAUCACCGUUCAACCACAGGGGAAGUAGUGGCUUUUGACGGAUCAAUACUUUACCUGCCUGUCAAGCUGGACAAUGUGGUGGUUCUCAAGAGUGUCAGACGGACUGACAGUGAGGAAAUAGAAAUCAAAAUCCAAAUGACAAAGAUUCUGCCACCUAGCUCAGAUCUUUGCAUCCCCUUCUACAAUGUGGUGCUUAGGAGGGUAAUGAAGAUUUUGGGACUGAAGCUUGUGGGACGUAAUCAUUACGAUCCAGAAAGCGCAGUCAUUCUUGGGAAACACCGGCUGCAGGUGUGGCCAGGCUAUUCAACCUGUAUCAAGCACACAGAUGGAGGGUUGUACUUAAAUGUUGAUGUGUCCCACAAAGUUCUGCGGAAUGACUCGGUGCUGGAUGUCAUGAAAGUGAUGUACCAGCAGAGCAGUGAGAACUUCCAAGACGCAUGCACCAAAGAGCUGAUUGGCAGCAUCAUCAUCACGCGCUACAAUAACCGCACCUACCGCAUCGAUGACAUUGAGUGGAAUAAGUCGCCCAAAGACACCUUCACUUUACAUGAUGGUUCACAGACCACUUUUUUGGACUACUACAGCAAAAAUUACGGGAUUACAAUCCAUGAAAUGGACCAGCCUCUGCUCAUCCAUCGGCCGAAGGAGAGAUCCAAACCUGGAGGAAAGCAAAUCAUUACAGGAGAGAUUCUCCUUGUGCCAGAGCUCUCCUUCAUGACAGGCAUCCCUGAGAAAAUGAGGAAGGACUUCAAAGCAAUGAAGGAUCUGACCAUGCACAUCAACGUAGGCAGUGAGCAGCACACCCACUCCAUAAUGCAGCUUGUGAAGAAUAUCAACACCAACCCCAAGACCCUGCAGGAACUCAGUGGAUGGGGACUAGAAAUCAGCACUGACAUCCUUACGAUUAAAGGCAGAACUCUGCCCCUGGAGACAAUCUGUCUCCAGACCUCAUCCUUUGUCACCGGUAGUGAUGUGUCCUGGUCCAAGGAGGUCGUCAGAGAUGCUUCAAUCAGUUGUAUUCCCUUGAAUGUCUGGGCCAUCUUCUUCCCACGCCGCUGUGCAGAGCAGGCUGAUGAGCUAGUUUCCAUUUUUCAGAAGGUCGCUGGGCCUAUUGGGCAGCGACUAGAGCGGCCCAUUCGUGUGGAGCUUAGGGAUGAUCGCACUGAGACCUAUGUCAAGAGUAUCCACUCUCAGCUGAACAGCGAUGCCAACAUACAGCUGGUAGUGUGCAUCAUGGUUGGCAACAGAGAUGACCUCUACAUUGCCAUCAAGAAGGAAUGCUGUAUUAAAAGCCCCAUACCAUCCCAGGCCAUCAAUGUCCGGACAAUUUCCCAGCCACAGAAAUUGAGGAGUGUUGCCCAAAAAAUCCUCUUGCAGAUGAACAGUAAACUAGGGGGAGAGCUGUGGACUGUCAGUGUCCCUCUGAAACACCUAAUGGUGGUGGGGGUUGAUGUGUACCAUGACACCAGCAAGAAGUAUCGAUCAGUCAUGGGCUUUGUUGCAAGUGUCAACAGCUCGCUGACCCGGUGGUACUCCAGAGUCACUUUCCAGACACCUACUGAGGAGCUCAUCAAUGGCUUCCAAGUCUGCCUGGUGGCAGCCCUGCAGAAAUACUAUGAGGUAAACCACAACUUACCCGAGAAGAUUGUGGUGUACCGGGAUGGUGUGUCUGAUGGCCAGCUGAAGAUGAUAGAGCUCUAUGAGAUCCCACAGCUGCUCAAAUGCUUUCAGACCUUCCCCAGUUAUGAGCCCAAGCUGGUCUUCAUUGUGGUGCAGAAGCGCAUCAGUACCACUCUCUACUCUUGGGCUGCGGACCGCUUUGGCACCCCUCCACCAGGGACUGUCCUGGAUCACACCCUCACUCACAAAGACUGGGUGGAUUUCUACCUGAUGGCACAUCACAUUCGCCAGGGCUGUGGACUUCCUACACACUACAUCUCGGUGUACAAUUCCACAAACCUCUCACCAGACCAUUUGCAGAGGCUGACCUUCAAAAUGUGCCAUUUGUACUGGAACUGGCCUGGCACCAUUCGUGUUCCAGCACCAUGCAAGUAUGCCCAUAAAGUGGCCUUCUUGUGUGGCCAAUACCUGCACUCAGAACCAGCUAUCCAGCUCUCAGACAAGCUCUACUUCCUAUGAGCUGCACCAGUAAGAGCCCCAAGCAAACUGCCCACACACGUGGAUUACAGCAAAUCCAGGCUUGGCAAUGGCAUGACAAAGGCAUGCAAGGAAACAAAUUAGUGAUGACUAAUGACUAGCAGUUAUUGGCAUUUAGAAGAUUUCUAAGUACAGCUCAACAGUAAGGCCUGAUUGAAUUGUAUUAUAUUACUGCAUUGCAGCAACAAUUUCAAAUCUUGGUGAAAGUAAAGGAAACAGUUAAGUUUAAAGGACUGUGGAAGGUCCAUGCUUUAUAGAUGCUGACUUUUGAGUUUUAAACUUUAUUUUCCAGUUGUUUAUACAUUUGUUCCACAUUGUUCAUGUUGUUACAAAUAAAUGUUAUUGAUGUUA